AAGUCGCUUGGCGUGCGCGCGCGCUUUAUCGCACAGCAUAGCAUGUAUUUUACGACACCACGUCCCGUGGUCCAUGUUAUAUAUACUCGCUUACCCAGUGCCGUGGUAAGGAUGGUUGUUGAUGGUUGUGUGCCUAAAGAGCGGGACGAGCUCGUACUAAGAGAGAGGGCUGGUGUAGUGGCGACUGUUUUAUUAUAUCCACAAUAGGCAGUGCAGAAGCUGCGAGUGUUGGUAGAAAUUAAAAAAAAAAAAAAAAAAAAAAAAUCAGAGUAAAUUAACAGUAUCACAGCUGCACUUGAUCUCGGCUAAAGAGAUAGAAAUAAAUAAAUAAAUAAAUAAAUAAAUAAAAAACAGAGCCAGAGAAGGUCUGAAAACUAUAGCCAUGGCAGUGAUCCUGGACGAACCGAACUACGACGGAUUCCGCACCUUUUCCUGGCUCUCUGAGUUCGCCGGUGUGCCUAUCGACCAAAUUAAUUUUAUGAUAACUCAGUUUACGGCAUUGGCGUUGGCUGGAUUUCUUAGGAAAUCUUUAAGUCCAAAAACAGUGUCCCCAACUACCCGACAUGCCUUCAGCCUCAUCAUGGGCCUUUUUCUUGUAUACUUCAGUUUUGGCAGCCAGACGAUGCACUUGGCGGGGCUGCCGACUCUGUGCUACAUCGCGUUGCGCACACAGAGUCCUCACUACGUACAGAGGUAUGUACUUCUUUUAUUUUUCUCAUUAGAAAAUUCAAGGAUACAAUAUAUGAAAAUGGGUCCACUUAUGGUGAUAACUCAAAAAGUAACGAGCCUGGCAUACAACGUGCACGACGGCUUGUCACGCAAGCAGGACGAGCUUACGCCUUCACAGCGACAUCAUGCCGUACAGAAAGUUCCCACAGUGAUAGAAUAUUUCAGUUAUGUCUUCCAUUUUCAAACACUAAUGGCUGGGCCUAUUAUUUUUUAUCAUGACUACAUCGAUUUCAUUCAUGGGCGUGGUCAACAAUACGUUUUGAAGGGUUCACGUGACGAGAACGGCCAAGCGAGUGAAAUCGUGCUGGAGCCGUCGCCCAGAAAAGCAGUGUUGAGGAAAGUCACCGAGAGUUUGAUAUGCGCAUUCAUCUUCGUUACUUUGCUCCCAUCGUAUCCUAUUCAAAGAAUUAAAGACGACGAGUUCCUCAACAAUACUUCCAUGGCGUACAAAUAUUGGUACCUGAUAAUGGCAACUAUGCUUGUUCGAUUUAAGUAUUACCACGCUUGGAUCUUUGCAGAUGCAAUUUGCAAUAAUUCCGGCAUGGGCUUUAAUGGCGUUGACGAGAAGGGCCGACAUCGUUGGGAUCUAGUGACGAAUGUUGAUCCGUACACAUUUGAGACUGCGUUAAAUUUGAAAGACGCCAUAGAUUCGUGGAAUAAGGGCACAAACAAAUGGCUGAGGAUGGUGGUUUUCGAGAGAGCCAAGAGGCACAAAAUGAUGCUCACUUUUGCUCUGUCUUCCUUCUGGCACGGCUUUUACCCCGGCUACUAUCUCACCUUCAUGAAUGGAGCCUUUUUCACGACUGUCGCGCGAUUGGCUCGGCGGCACCUCAGGCCACAUUUUCUCACCUCAAGUACAAAGAAAGUAUUUUAUGACGCGUUUACCUUGGUCACAACUCGGCUCGUGUUGGCGUACUUCACUUUCAGCUUUAUUAUCCUCGAAUACGCGCCCUGCAUCAACUUGUAUCUGUAAGUCACCUUUCUUCCUGCCAUUUUAUGUUUAAUCGUUCAUAAAUGCCAUCGUAAUCACCUGGGUUUUGUACAUCUUGAUCUGAAAACCAAAUUGCAUCAAGAUCAACCGUAA